ACGACUUGACUAUUUCUAUUUUUAAAAAAACAUGUAAAUGGAGGAAGUUCGGAAAGCUGCCGAUGAAAACAGACGGGAAUUGGUUUUGAGUGGUCAAAACAUUAGUAAAGUCAUAGAGAAAAAUGGGUUAGACGAAGAACUGUAUCAAUUGACUUGCUUGAAUUUUCUAAGUAUAUCUAAAACAUGUCUGGCACAGCUGUCACCGAAUUUGGGAAACCUGGUGAAUCUGACCAACUUGGUAUUGCACAACAACCAACUAACAGCUGUACCAAAGGAGGUACAAGCCCUGACGAAGCUGAAGUUCUUUGAUGUUUCAAACAAUCAGAUCGAGGAAAUGCCGUCAGCAAUUGUCCAUCUUCCAGAUUUGGAAUCCUUGAAUGUCAGCGUGAAUAAACUCAGCUCUUUUCCUCCGGUCAAUGAAAUGAAAUCCCUUCACAUUUUCAACAUUGCUCACAACAAUCUACAGGCACUACCAGAAGGAAUUUUCGACCCCAGUCUAGUCCAUUUAAGCCAGAUCCUAGCAGGGAACAAUGAAGUGGAACAUUUACCAUCAAAUGUGACUGAUUUGCCUCAUUUAAAUAUGCUGGAUCUGUCUCAAAACAAAUUAAAAGAAGCACCUGCUGAACUUAGUGAAUGUCCAAAACUUAAAGAACUCAAUCUCAAAGGAAAUAAAUUUUCAGACAGGAGGUUUGGAAAAUUGGUGGAACAGUGUGCCACCAAGUCUGUAAAGGAAUACCUCAGUAACAUUUUAAAGAAAGAGAGAGCAAAAAAUCCAGAUACAAAGAAGGGGAAAGGCAAAAGUAAAGAAAAGAAGAAAGACUCAAAGACUGAGAAUGAUGAGGUGGAGUUUUUGACCAAUGCCAUUGAUGUGUUGCACUUCCCUGAUGAGGGCGGUCUAAUGGUUGCCCUUACUCCUGCUGUGAUGUCAGUGAGACCUUACAUCGUGUGUUGUAUAGUCCGAGAUGUGGACCUGCAGAAAACUCCCAACUCAUUCAAGCAAUUCAUCACGCUUCAGACCAAGCUUCAUGAUACGUUGUGUGAUAAACGACAAGCCGCCACCAUUGCUACACAUGAUUUGAGCAGUGUAAAAGGUCCACUGAAAUUUGAUGCCAAAUUUCCACCUCAUCUGAUGAUUAUCCCGCUUUCCAAACAAAAGGAAGUGACUGGAGAGAAGUUGGUGGAGGACCUGAUAAAGGAGGCAGAACAUUUACGCAAGGAGAAGAAAAGAAGCACAGUGUCUGGUAUUCAUAAAUAUCUUGACUUGCUGAAGGACAAGAUGCAGUAUCCAUGUUUAGUGGAUUCCAGCGGAGUCGUGAUUUCCUUCCCACCAAUUACAAACAGCAACAAUACCAAGAUAUCCAAAGAAACCACAUCCAUUUUGAUUGAAGUAACCAGCUCUACCAAUCUCGAUGUCUGUAAGAAGGUUUGUGAUGAACUCCUGGUUAAAAUGUUGGAAAUGGGCCUGGGAAAAGACUCAACAGAUGAGGCCUCAGUAUCAUCAGGUCCGAAGUCUUUGACUGUAGAACAAGUCAAAGUCACUGAUGAGGAAGGUAAUCUCAGAGUUGUCUACCCUUCAAGAACCGACCUGAAUAAACCGGGAAUCACCAUCAACAGAAAUUAUGAAUAAAUGGACAAAUUUCUUAAGUCAUUAAAUCUCUGAAAAGUUGAAAAUUGGAGUGUUUAAAAGUUUGUUCAACGAUAUGUUUUGAUUUACUCCAGUGAUAUUUCAUGCAGCCAGACUUUUCCCCCAAUAAACAUUGUUUUAGCAUAUAUUGAGUACAGCUGUACACAUUCUAUAAAAUUGAAGUAAUAGAAGCUGGUAAACUUGGUAGAGUAUCUUUGAUAAGAUGAGAAAGUGAAGAUUCGGUUUUCCAAAGCAUUACUAGGAUAUGCAUCACAUUGAAACUAGUGUUCUGAGAAAGAAAUUGUGAUGGAAGGAAGAGAGUUUGGUGUGUUAAUUGUGGUAGAUAUUAGGAAACACUUCUAGUAUGCAGAUCCUCAUAAAUAUGAUGCCAACACCUGUGAACUGAUUAUUAUAAUCACUGAUAACGUGAUUUUUACUAAUACGUGACAGAGACAAAAGUAAUAGUUUUGGGUGAUCUGUAAUGCAUAUUUACAAAACAUGAGUAGAGAAAAAUAAGUCUUUCCCAGAUUAGAAAAAUAUAAGGUGUUUGUGAGUGGAGGGAAAUUAUCAUGAUCCAAUGCUGAACAGGAAGCCAUCUAUUAGAAUUGUUAAUUUCAUGAUCCGUUGGACAGGAGGUUCAGUUGCUAGGGUGAGACCAUUAUGGUCAUUUAGUGUUCAUGUCUGUAAUGUUAAAAAAUCAUCUUGUUCUGCACAUUGGAAAGAAAAACUGAAUGCAUGCAUAUGUAAGUAUGCAAAGCAGGAAACCCUGUACUAAAAUUGUAAGUUUCAUGACCCCAGGGACAGGGAGUUCAAUCUCUAGAACAGGGCCAAAGUGGGCAGAUAAUUAAGCAGAACAGACAGCCUUCUAUUGAAUUUGUAAAUUUCAUGACCCCAGGGACAGGGAUUCAGUCUCUAGGGUGGGGCCAAAAUGGGCAUAAAAGUGUUUAAAACUUGUCUUCUUUUCUGUUGACACUAAAUAAGAACUUGUAUAUUCAGGGAGCCUUCUGUCUAACUUUAAAAUAACUGGGACAAGGCUUCAUAUCCUAGGGCUGUCUGCCAAAAUUUUAGAUAACAUGACCCUGGGGCAGAAGUUUAAGCCAUGGUGCGGGGUCAGAAUGGUACAUGUAAUACUGUAAAUGUAUAUGAUUAAUGUUAUAAAAUCUUCAUACUUCUUUCAAUGUUGAAUGAAAACUAAAUUCACAGUUAGACAAUGAGAGGAUAAACUGUCAACAAAAGUUAUAGAUUUCAACGUUCAUUAAGGCAGUUUGGGGAGGGUGUUAAAAUGACCAAUGCUUGAAAUGUUUUGUUGACAUUUAAUGUAAGCUUUAUUUGUGGUUUUGUUAGAAAGUGUGCAUGGGGAAAAGAGAAAUCCUUGUUUCGGUAGAACAUUUCCUUAUUAAUAACUUGUAUAAAAGUUCUGAAUAAAGAUUUUAAAAAUAUUGAAA